GGCAGACACAGACUCACUGCAGCCUCAUUCCUCCCCUGGUGUGUGAGUGUAAGAAGCAGCUCAAUCCUAGACACUGUGGCUGGACCGCUCAGCUUUGCCUUCGACCACUGUGCUUCAACUGUGAGCUCUGAAUUACCCACUGCCACCAUGGUGGCCAAGGAUUACCCUUUCUACCUUGUAGCCAAGAGGACUAGCUGUGCCCUUGAAGUGCAGUCUGUGAGGAGCGCAGCUCUCAAAGAGACAGAGGAGCCCAGUAGCAAGCGGGUGAAGCCUCUCUCCAGGGUGACAUCUCUGGCCAGCCUCAUCCCCCCUGUGAAGACCACGCCUCUGAAGAGGAUUGGCCAAACCCUGCAGCGCUCCAUCAGCUUCCGCAGCGAGAGCCGCUCUGAGAUUUCCACCCUGCGGCCCUGGUCUCGCAAUGCCCCCCCUGCGAUCACCAAGCGCAGAGACAGCAAGCUGUGGAGCGAGACCUUCGAUGUGAGAGUCAACCAGAUGCUCUCUGCCAAGGAGAUCAAGCGGCAAGAGGCAAUCUUUGAACUAUCCCAGGGAGAACAAGACCUAAUUGAAGACUUGAAGCUUGCCAAGAAGGCCUACCAUGACCCCAUGCUGAAGCUCUCCAUUAUGACAGAGCAGGAGCUCAACCAGAUAUUCGGGACUCUGGACUCUCUCAUCCCUCUGCAUGAAGAUCUUCUGAGCCGUCUUCGAGAAGCCAGGAAGCCGGACGGAUCAACGGAGCAUGUCGGCCACAUCCUGGUAGGCUGGCUGCCCUGUCUGAACUCCUAUGACAGAUACUGCAGUAACCAGGUGGCAGCAAAGGCUCUUCUGGAUCACAAGAAGCAGGACCACCGCGUGCACGACUUCCUGCAGCGCUGCCUCGAGUCGCCCUUCAGCCGCAAACUGGACCUCUGGAACUUCCUGGACACCCCGCGCAGCCGGCUGGUGAAGUACCCGCUGCUGCUCCGAGAGAUCCUGAAGCACACAGCCAAUGAGCACACAGACCAGCAGCACCUGGACGAGGCGAUCAACAUUAUUCAGGGAAUCGUGGCAGAGAUCAACGUGAAGACGGGGGAGUCGGAGUGCCAGUAUUAUAAGGAGAGGCUGGUUUACCCAGAGGACAACCAGAGGGACCUUCUCAUUGAGAACUCCAGGGUUCUGAGCUGCCACGGGGAGCUGAAGAACAACAGAGGAGCAAAACUCCAUGUGUUCCUGUUCCAAGACGUCCUGGUCCUCACGCGAGCAGUCACCCUGAACGAACAGCUCUGUUUCCAGCUCUACCAGCAGCCCAUCCCUGUGAAGGAUCUAGCAUGGGAGGACCUGCAAGAUGGUGAGAUCCGCCUGGGGGGAUCAAUCCGUGGGGCCUUCAGCAACAAUGAGAGAACCAAAAACUUCCUCCGGGUGACCUUCAGGAGCGGUUCCCAGCUGCAAGCCCUUCUGCUCCAGGCCAACGACAGCUUCAACAAGCAGCAGUGGCUCAACUGUAUCCGGCAGGCCAAGGACGCGGUGCUGCGGGCCUGCGGGGACUCUGUGAGGGGUCGGUCCCCAGAAGCACAACCUUUCCAGAACUCUGUGGGGGGAAGGUACCUGGACCCACAGCCCCUCUUCUCCCCUCCGGGGGGAAGCAACAACAGCAAAACAGCGCAGGAAAUACCAAAGUCUGACCGAAUGGACCACUCAGUCAAUGAGUCAGACUGCAGCAUGGACACCAGCGAGAUGAACGCAGACUGUGAACAGAUGGAACAAACAGAUCAACACAGCAAACCUCUGGAGAGCAACGUCUGAGCUUGGGGCAGGAGGGAAAGCAAACAGAAACACUGUGUCGUGUGCAGCACGUCUUCAACCUGUACAGUAUUGGAAUUCCACAGGGUGGGGGUAAGGGUGGCAUGGAGAAGGAGAUGUUUGGUGAAGCACUUUUUAUUUCUCGUGAUGACGCCAGCAGUUUCGUGACUGUAGUAAUGUAACGGCCAGUUUUGUCUGUCUGUGUGAGUCAGAAAAUCUGUGUCUAGUCCUGUGUAACCUUUCGUGGUAGAUGGAGGUACUUGACCAGAAAGCUGUCAUUGCAAUCCUGCUGGAAAACUCUUGAUUUUCUUUCUUGCUACUGUCCUCCUGUGGGUGGAUGUAACCUGACUCCCCUUUCAAAGAAAGCUGACAAAGUCAAUCUAGUUAAGAAUACUGUCAGGUGCCUCAUGCUGCAUCAUGGGUGCCCAAUCGUGGUGUCAGAGAAGGUGCAUAGCCAAGUGUUAGAUCCAAUUUAGUACUACUGUUCAAUCAAUGAGAUAACAGAAACAACAACAAAAAAAGAUUUAUUUAGGAUAGAUUUAUAGAAUGUUUACAAGUGCUGUUGAUGACCAACAGAAUGUUUAGGACAAUCAGAAGAGCAACCGGGAUCACAAGCCAGUCCGUGUGCAGGCCUUGGCAUUAUGCAUUGUGUGUCUGCAUUUACUUCAGUACUCUUAGCCUGCACAGGGAUGGAGAGGGUCAUUGUGUGUCUGCAUUUAUUUCAGUACUGUUAGCCUGCACAGUCUGCCAUCCUCACUGGGGCUGAGCCGAUUCAGACUGGUUUGGUCUCGGUCUGUCUGCUGCCAAUGGAAAUGAACAGGACUGGUCUAAAAUCAAAUGGAGACGUGGCAUUAUAUUGUAUAUUUGUCAAAUAUAGGGGGGGAGGACAUGGGAAUUUUGGAAAAGGAUAUUUACUUAAUAUCAGAAUAAGUUGAAGCAGAAGCAGUUACUCUUCUGAAUAUUGUGGCCCAUGAAUGUUAAUAAAAGUGAAAAGCCCCACACUGUUGUGCCGGGCACUGGCUGUGUUCUGCCGCUGUACCUUGUUAACCCCUGAUAACUGAAGCGGGUUAUCCCAGAGGACUGUGUCUGUCUGCAACACUGAGCUGCUGUCCGAUUCAAAAUAAAGAGGGGACGGAAAAGAGUCUUACAGCACAUGUUAAUAUUACAGGCACACUGUUGCAGACAGAAAGAAACUGAGAAAGGGUCUCGGAGUGUUGUUUUAAACUGUAGCCUAUGAGACUCUGCUUCAAUACCAGAGACACUGUUUCCAGCCCAAUUACAUCAAAAAGGCCUUAAUGUGAUUAACAAGAAUGUCUAAUGCCACAAUGAAUCGCUUUUACAUGAGACAGACAGAGUGUUCAUAGCAGAAAUGUAACUGCUAAAUUAUUGCCAAAAAGUUGUUUUUUAUUUGUAUGUUUUAUAAAUCUCAUAAUAUAGAAUGUUUGUGGCAUUCUGCUCUUUGUAAAUACAGCAAGGUCAUUUGCAUUAUGGGAUCAGUGUGGCGCGGGGUAAUCCAUAUGAAACCAGGUAUAUUCCUUUCUUAUUGUUUAAAAGUAUUGUCUAAUUGUAUUCUUUAGGACUUUUGUUUGUAUGUUUCUAGUUUGUACACUUGGUGUAAGAAGGUUGUGGUUAUUUGGCAAUGCUUCUCAUGUAGUUCAAGGUUGCAUAUGUGGGGUUGGUUUGUAAGAGUACGAGGCAGGACUGGGAAAGGCGAAUGCUGAUGGGAUCGGAGUAUGAAAUAAAGACUAUAUGUAUUAUAUUUUCUGGAAGGCAAUGGCACGUUUUAUAUUUUUAUUUAGCGCCACGUAGAAAGAAAGAGGUAGGUUGUGAGAUGGUUUGUGGAGAUUAAUUUUGAAAUGAAAUCUGAAAUAUUUUUUGUAACUUCCAUGAAGCAUUACCAAAUAAAGAAUGUGAAGCCU